AUGUUCUCUGCCAUGCUGAUGGACGCCUACCGUGACGAACGUCCCGGAAUCCCCGUCAACUACAGAACUGACGGAAAUCUCCUCAACAUUCGUCGGAUACAGGCCCCAACGCGCGUCUCCACUACCACAGUUUAUGAUCUGCUGUUUGCGGACGACUGCGCUCUCAACACCACAACAGAAGCG